AUGGCUAUCUACAAGUGGCCAGCCGCUGAUGGUUGUCCGCGUCGGUGGUCUCGCAUUUACUUCCUCGUCUUGUGCGCUGCUCUGUACUACUACUAUUCCGGAAGCGCCGCGUUCCAACUAGCCAAUUACCGUCCGUUGGACCCAGAAACAUUAGCCAAACGAGAGCGUAUUAUUGCUCAGUGCAGAUACACCAGAACCCCCGCCGGACCUCUUCGCGACUUCCACAGCCGGGACCAUUCAGAUCGUUACGUCCCGGAUACGAAGCCGACCCUCAUAAAGAACGCUCGGAUAUGGACCGGUGGUCAGAAUGGAACGGAAAUCGUCCAGGGCGACUUACUCUUGCAGAAGGGCUUGAUCAGAGCGGUCGGGAACUUCCCUCUGCACUUCUUGGAGAACUUUCAGCUCGAGGUGGUAGAUGCACAUGGGGCGUGGGUCACACCCGGUCUUGUCGAUCUUCAUUCACACCUCGGAGUUGGUUCUGCGCCAGACCUCACAGGUGCUGAUGACACGAACUCUUACAAGGCCCCGAUUCUUCCUUGGUUACGAAGCCUCGAUGCCCUCAACACGCACGAUGAAGGUUACGAGUUGGCGCGUUCUGGUGGGGUGACCACCGCCCAGAUUCUCCCUGGGAGUGCUAAUGAUAUUGGUGGUCAAGGAUUCGUGAUCAAAUUACGACAAGUCAAAGAGCGUUCCCCCACCGCCAUGCUUGUAGAACCGCCUUUCACACUUAACGGCAGUCAUUUUGAUCACGAUCUACCACCCCGUUGGAGACACAUGAAGCACGCGUGCGGAGAGAACCCCUCCAGCGCGUACUCCAUGACUCGCAUGGACAGCGGGUGGGAGUUCCGGUUAGCAUACGAAUCCGCGCGCAAGCUUCGUGACGCACAGGACAAAUUUUGCUCCAAGGUGGAGGCUGGUUUAUGGUCCGGCCUCGGAGAUUUCCCAGAGGAUCUUCAGUGGGAAGCUUUAGUGGAUGUCCUCCGAGGGAAGGUCAAACUUUCCGUGCACUGCUAUGAGGCGUCGCGUGCUAAGGCGUUGCAGCUCACGAAUGAAUUCCAUUUUCCCGUAGCAUCGUUCCACCACGCAGGAGAAACUUAUCUCGUCCCAGAUCUUUUAAAAAAGACGUGGGGUGGUGCACCGUCUAUAGCCUUGUUUGCGGCCAACUUCAGAAAGAAGAGAGAAGCGUACCGGGGAUCAGAGUUUGCACCCCGUAUUCUGACAUCCCACGGUCUUUCUGUCGUCAUGAAGUCGGAUCAUCCGGUCGUGAAUAGCCGUUACUUACUCCACGAAGCUGCUCUGGCACAUUAUUACGGACUUCCAGAAAAUGUUGCACUCUUAUCCGUAACAGUCAAUCCCGCGAACGCCAUGGGCCUUGGCCACCGGCUUGGCCGUAUUCAGGAAGGUUACGAUGCCGAUGUUGUCAUAUGGGACUCUCAUCCGCUCAGUCUGGGUGCCACUCCUCUGCAAGUCUUUAUCGAUGGAAUUCGACAGUUCCAGACACCCCACGUAUCAGUCAAACCACCAUUCGCGCAACGCUGUCCCGAUACGCCCAAGUUCGAUAAGGAAGCCGCGGAAGCGUUCGAGUAUGAGGGACUUCCACCCCUCACACCGAAGUCUGCGCAACGCGCCGUCUUUGUUGAUGUCGGAGGUGUUUAUACCAGGUCCGAUGGCGAACUCGCCAUCCACCAGAACCCUGAAGUUGUUGUGGCGCAUAGCGGGAAGAUCGUUUGCGCUGGCACACGCAUGACUUGUUCCGAAUUUUUGAAUGAUGAAAUAGUAAUCAUUGACCUGGAAGGUGGUGUAAUAGUACCCGGGUAUACAUCAUACGGCUCGCCUUUAGGUCUCACCGAGAUUCGUUUGGAACCGUCCACAAACGAUGGACGUGUGUACAAUCCACUAGCCCGCGAUCCCCCUGCUAUUAUCGGAGAUACCCUCAUCCGCGCUAUCGAUGGUCUACAAUUUGAAGGUCGUAACAUGCUUCUGGCCUAUCGUGGAGGUGUGACCGCCAGCGUCGUUGCACCCUCUGGAGAUUUCGUUCAGGGUGUAUCGACCGCAUUCUCUCUCGGAGCGCACCACCUCCUUGAGAAUGCCACCAUAAAAAGCGACGUUGCACUACACGUUACAAUUACCAUGAAUGGUGCCCAGAGUGUGAGUACCCAGAUUGCAGCGCUGCGCCACCUUUUGUUUGGUACAGGUGGAGAUGAGAUGCUCGAAAGAGUGCGGAAUAGCCGAUCAACACUCGUAGUGGACGUUAACAACGCGGAUAUUAUGGCCACACUUCUUCGUCUUAAAGCAGAAUACGAGAAUCGUACGUCGAAGACUCUCAGACUGACUUUUGCUGGUGCAUCAGAAUCUCAUCUCCUGGCCAAUGAAAUUGCCUCCGCUGGAGUGAGCGUGAUUGUCACUCAGCCCAAGCCGUUUCCCGAUACCUGGGACGAACGUAGGAUCUUACCCGGGCCGCCGUUGACGGCUGAUUCCCUGGUAUCCGUGUUGUUGGCUGCAGGUGUCAAUGUUGGCGUCGGCCUGACUAACGAAUUUGAGGCGCGGCACUUACGUUUCGAAGCCUCGCGGGUUGUCCUUUCGGCGAAUGGAAGUAUCGACCUUGCUACCGCACUCAAACUAGUUACUACGAAUCUUGAAAAAGCUUUGGGAAUCCAUGACACGAUGCCGCAGGACCUGGUCGCAUAUCCUGGAGGACACGUGUUUGACUUCGAGGGGAAAGCUGUUGCUGUGAUUUCGGAACAAUUGGGUAGGAUAGAUCUUUUUGUGUGA